UGGUUGUGAGCCACCAUGUGGUUGCUGGGAAUUGAACUCAGGACCUUUGGAAGAGCAGGCAAUGCUCUUAACCUCUGAGCCAUCUCUCCAGCCCUGAGGGUGCCUCUUCUGUCUCUACUACGAUGCUCUAGUGGGCCCGCAGCCCCUUCCUGAGUGGACCCAGAACACCGAGAACUACCUGUACCCUCUCCUGGGUACCUAGGAAGUUCAUAUUUACCCUUUGUUGUUUGAGGUCUUUUAUUAGUUUGUUUCUGAGACAGAGUUGUGCUUCAGAGUUGUGGUCCCAGACUUAUCCCUGACUUUCAGACCUCCAAGCGAGGGAUGAUAGUGUGUGUCUCCACAGCCUGCUUCCCAUUUGCUCCGAGGCUGGUCAUGCUCCCCUGGGAGUGGGAUGUCCCAGAAUUAACCUCAACCAGGCUCCACUGAAAUCUGAUGGCCUCCAUGAGGUGGGUUCAUCCCAAUUGAGAGGCCUCUGCAUCUAAGAAAGUGGAGACCUUAGUGAAGAGGACCUGCCCCUGCCUGCCCCUGCCAGGACCUCAAAGGUGAGCCCUGCUGUCACACAUGCCGACUCUGGUGUCUUCAAGGCCACUAGGUGCAGCGUGGCCAGUGUUCUGUACUGGUGAGGGAGGGGCCUGCUUCUGCUCUUCCUCCAGGUGGGUUUCUUCUGCUGGGACAGAGCACCUCAUGAGAUCCUGCUGGGGGCCCUAAAAGAGAAGUCCUGUCCCAAGCCUGCUGUGUCUUUGUGCCCAGUCUUUCGCCUGCACACCAUGGGAGGGCCUCUCUGCGGUCUGCAGCCGUUUGCAUUUCCUGAAACCGGAUCUUGGUGUCAGAGCCGCCCCUGGGCCGGGGCGGGCGCCUCAGCCAUGGCCCUGCGCAAGGAGCUGCUCAAGUCCAUCUGGUACGCCUUCACCGCCCUGGACGUGGAGAAGAGCGGCAAGGUCUCCAAGUCCCAGCUCAAGGUGCUGUCCCACAACCUGUACACGGUCCUGCACAUCCCCCAUGACCCCGUGGCCCUGGAGGAGCACUUCCGGGAUGACGACGAUGGCCCCGUGUCCAGUCAAGGCUACAUGCCCUACCUCAACAAGUACAUCCUCGACAAGGUGGAGGAGGGGGCUUUAGUUAAAGAGCACUUUGAUGAGCUGUGCUGGACACUGACGGCCAAGAAGAACUAUCGAGCAGAUAGCAAUGGAAACAGCCUGCUCUCCAAUCAGGAUGCUUUCCGUCUCUGGUGCCUCUUCAACUUCCUGUCUGAGGACAAGUACCCACUGAUCAUGGUUCCCGAUGAGGUUGAGUAUCUGCUAAAGAAACUCCUGGGCAGCAUGAGUUUGGAGAUAGGCUUGGGCGAGCUGGAAGAGCUGCUGGCCCAGGAAGCUCAAGCAGUUCAGACCUCUGGGGGUCUCAGCGUCUGGCAGUUCCUAGAGCUCUUCAACUCUGGCCGCUGCCUGCGGGGUGUGGGUCGGGACUCCCUCAGCAUGGCCAUCCAAGAAGUCUACCAGGAACUCAUCCAAGAUGUCCUGAAACAGGGCUAUCUGUGGAAGCGAGGGCACCUGAGAAGGAACUGGGCAGAGCGCUGGUUCCAGCUGCAGCCCAGCUGCCUCUGCUACUUUGGGAGUGAAGAAUGCAAGGAGAAAAGAGGCACCAUUCCACUGGAUGCUCACUGCUGUGUGGAGGUGCUUCAGGACCGCGAAGGAAAGCGCUGCAUGUUUUGUGUGAAGACGGCUAGCCGCACCUACGAGAUGAGCGCCUCAGACACGCGCCAGCGCCAGGAGUGGACGACCGCCAUCCAGACCGCGAUCCGGCUGCAGGCGGAGGGGAAGACGUCGCUGCAUAAGGACCUGAAGCAGAAGCGACGGGAGCAGCGGGAGCAGCGCGAGCGGCGACGGGCAGCCAAGGAGGAGGAGCUGCUGCGAUUGCAGCAGCUGCAGGAGGAGAAGGAGAGGAAGCUGCAGGAGCUGGAGCUGCUGCAGGAGGCGCAACGGCAGGCUGAGCGGCUGCUGCAGGAGGAGGAGGAGCGCCGCCGCAGCCAGCACCGGGAGCUACAGCAGGCUCUGGAGGGCCAGCUGCGGGAGGCGGAGCAGGCCCGGGCAUCUAUGCAGGCUGAGAUGGAGCUGAAGAAGGAAGAGGCGGCCCGGCAGCGGCAACGCAUCGCCGAACUGGAGGAGAUGCAGGAGCGGCUGCAGGAAGCCCUGCAACUGGAGGUGAAAGCUAGGCGGGAUGAGGAGGCCGUACGCCUUGCCCAAACCAGACUACUGGAGGAGGAGGAGGAGAAGCUGAAGCAGCUGAUGCAUCUGAAGGAAGAGCAGGAGCGCUACAUCGAGCGAGCACAGCAGGAGAAGGAGGAGAUGCAGCAGGAGAUGGCGCUGCAGAGCCGUUCCCUGCAGCAAGCCCAGCAGCAGCUGGAGGAGGUGCGGCUGAACCGGCAGAGGGCGGACGAGGACGUGGAGGCCGCCCAGAGGAAGUUGCGCCAGGCCAGCACCAACGUGAAACACUGGAAUGUCCAGAUGAACAGGCUCAUGCGUCCGAUCGAGCCAGGAGAUAAGCGUCCCACCACCAGCAGCUCCUUCACUGGCUUCCAGCCCCCUCCCCUCGCUCGCCGGGACUCUUCUCUAAAGCGGCUGACCCGCUGGGGCUCCCAAGGCAACAGAACCCUUUCAGCCAACAGCAGUGAACAGAAGUCCCUCAAUGGUGGGGACGAGACUCCCACCCUGGCUUCUACCUCUCAGGAAGAUAAAGUGGACCCGGCGCCAGAAAACUAGCCUCUGAUGACCCUUGUGAUGCUGUGUCUACCAGGACCUGGCUACAGCGGGAUGUGGGUGACUCCAGCCUCUGUGAACGGUCCUGGGGCUACGGGCCCGGGUCUGCUGACCAGAAGUCGGUCCAAGAUAGGAUGUGGUUGCCAUUCUCGCCAGGUCCAGACCACAGAGGCUGUCUGGGGUGUUAAUGAUCAAGAAUAUGGUUCUGUGCUUCAGCCUCAAGGACCCUGUGACCAGGGCUGGGAAAGAAACUGAACAAUUAGUACAGAGGUUAUUUGUCCCCAAAGGUCAUCUGCCCUCUCCCCUCCAGACUACCACUAAGUCAUGGAGGCAUACUUCCAAAUAAAACUGCUCCCACCUG